GUGACAAAAUCAAGAAUGUUGAUUAGAAUCUGAACAAUUAUUCAAGCAAGAAUUUCAACGCCAUUGAAUCGAAUGAAGUUUGAUUUAGUCUCGUCCCUAAUUUCGACAAUGGAUCGGAGCUUUUUCAAGGCGGUGAACUUAAACGGAGAGGAUUCGACUGUGUUGAGGAAGAAGACCAGCUCGUCGUGCUUGGCGGAGAAUGGCAGAGACGGAGGAAGAGAUGAGGAAGAAUGAGUGUUCUGCCAGGAGAGAAUGAGUCGCCUGAGGGUGUGAUUGGGAGUGAAGUGGAAGCAGUGGACAAAUUACAUGAGAAUCCGAGAGGUUUUGGAGGUCAUGGCGACAGUGAGAUUGAACCCAAGACACCUGAUAGAGCCAUGCAGAAGGCAAUGGCAGAGGCAGAUGAAGAAGAGAGUAGAGAAAAGGGGAAAUGGUCAGUACAGAUAGAGCAUUCGAAGACAGCACCAGCAGAUUUCAGGAGGGUUGUGAAGGCAAUGCCUACUGUGAAUUUGAUGCUAGUUUUGACUGCGAUUGACGAUCAUUUCUUGAAGGCAUCUGAGAGUGCCCAGGAGGUAUCCAAGAUGUUAGAAGCUACAAGGUUGCAUUACCACUCCAAUUUUGCAGACAAUCGAGGACAUAUUGAUCAUUCUGCCAGGGUCAUGCGGGUUAUUACAUGGAACAGGUCGUUUAGAGGUAGUAUGUCCAAUGGUGAAGGUGGGAAGGAUGAUCUUGAUUCAGAAGAAUAUGAGACUCAUGCCACCAUUUUAGAUAAGUUGCUAGCAUGGGAAAAGAAGCUCUAUGAUGAAGUAAAGCAAGGGGAGCUGAUGAAACUCGAGUAUAGAAGGAAAGUUGCUUUGUUAAACAAGCAAAAGAAGCGUGGUGCAAGUGCUGAAUCCUUGGAGAAAACAAAAGCAGCUGUAAGUCAUCUGCAUACAAGAUACAUAUAGUUGACAUGCAAUCCAUGGAUUCGACUGUGUCAGAAGUAAACCGAUUGCGUGAUGAGCAGUUAUAUCCAAAACUUGUUGGGCUUGUAGAGGGGAUGGCCAAAAUGUGGAGAAGUAUGUACGAGCAUCAUGCGGGUCAGCUGAAGAUUGUUACAGAACUUAUAAGUCUUGAUAUUGCCCAUGCUCCUAAAGAAACUACAAAGCACCACCAUGAGCGCACCAUCCAACUUUUUUGGUUCUUUGUCUAAUUUCUCUAAGGAGACUUAAAUCUAAGCCUAAAAAGGAAAAAUGCAAAUCAAAUUCUUCGCUAAAA